CAUGGCAGUAUAUUGGAACAGAUCUUUUCCAUUAUGGAGAUAAUGACUACCUGAUUAUAGCGGACUACUACUCAAAGUUUCCAGUCAUCAGGAAAAUGCCCAUGCACGUCACAAGCACUGCUGUGAUCAAAGGAUUAAAGAACUUGUUUUCUGAGUAUGGAGUUCCUGAAAAAGUAUAUAGUGACAACGGACGCCAAUAUAGCUCAGAAGAAUUUGCAACAUUUGCUUCAAACUGGGAGUUUGAACAUAUAACAAGCUCACCCCACUAUCCCCAAUCAAAUGGAUUCAUUGAAAGAAUAAUCCAAACCGUCAAGAACACCAUCGACAAGGCAAAAAGAAGCAACAAGGACCCAGAUAUGGCAUUGUUAACACUACGUACCACACCGCUAGAUAGCAAGUUGCCAAGCCCAGCAGAGCUUCUGAACGGGAGGAAGAUGAGGAGUAACUUACCCCUUCACCUGCCCACAAGGGAAGGGCAAAAACAAGAUGUCUAUGAAAACUUCAAGAAGAAGCAAGACACACAGAAGCAGUAUUACGACCGAGGAGCAAAAGACCAACAAGCACUCCUACCAGGCCAAGCUGUGCGAGUUCAAGAUCACAUUUCUGGAAGAUGGACACCCGCUACAGUCGUUGAGAAAUCCCAGGAACCUCGAUCAUAUAUAGUUGAAACACAAGAUGGAGGUAUCUUAAGAAGAAACAGACGACACAUCAAACAAACUCCACAACCCAAGCAUCCACUUCCAGAUGAACACCAUACAGAUGAGCCUACUGGAACUACAGUAAAUAUGGAUAACGAGCAAGACCAUGUGAGCAAGGCUCCUAUAGUAGUGCCUCAAGAACAAGAAUCAACUUGCGAUGGCACAAGAACAAGAAGUGGCCGUACCAUCAAGAAACCCAAUAGACUGGACUUAUAAUAUGUUUCAGUUUCCACAGUGUUUAUGUGUAGUGUUCAAUAGUGUUAAGGAAAAUGCUAUAAUAAUGGCCAGUAUACUAAUGUGAUUCUCAAAACAAGGUGCUAUAUUCCUACCUAAUUCCUUUUGAAAAUUAAUGAAAACAAGGUGCUAUAUUCCUACCCAAUUUCUUUGAAAAUUAAUGAAAAAGGUGCUAAAAUUUAUGUUACAUGUGUGAACUACAAAGCAGUCUCAGGUGCAAUCUCAGUUACCCAACCAUAGAAGCUCAUUCAAUGUUAAUCUCUAUUUUUGAUACACUGCAGAUUCUCAUAUAUUUUUGGAACUAACUACCAAAUAGUAAACCUCAAGUAUGAUAUGAAACUAACCCCAUUAUCUUUUGUUUUUGAAAAAGAGGGAUGUCAUAUGAUCAAACAUAAUUAUCUUACUAUAAUUAUGUAUCCUAUUUACCUUAUAGAAUAAUAUUAGUAACAUAUCCCUUUAUAUAUAUUGCAUGCGUACGUAACCCUUAUGUAAACAUUAGUGUUGUACACUCCUCCUGAAUAUACGUGUGUAGCUCAGCAGA